AUGUCAAUUGACGAAUGCAUCAAAAGGACUGAAAACAACUACCUCAAAGAAUUUGGAGGUACGAGAAUACUCCCAAAAAUCAAGAAGAUUACUCACAUGAGCAAAGAUGAAAGAAAGAAGAAGUUGAAAGAAUAUCAAACAAGGUUGGAAGAGAUAAAAGAACUUCAGAAGAAGUCAGCCAAACUCAUUGGUCUACCAUUAGAUGACAAUAUACAAAUGAUCAUCCCAGUAGAAAAAUCCAGCCACCUCCCAAAAUCAUCCUUUGAAGAAGGAGGUCUCUCUUUUGACUUCAGCAAGACACCAGAUGCCAAUCAUCUAGGGCUGCCGUUGUUCUUUCACAAAAACAUGCAGAUCCUACAAGCUUUCGCCGACGCCCUCAAAAUCCACAAGAGAGAUGUCAUACAAAUUUUCAAAGAACAAAGAUCCUGGGUCGUAGCCUUCCGUUACGACUUAACCAUCAGGAAAGCGACCUUCGCAGUAAGAAACCCAAACAAGAAAGUCCCAAAUCCAUCUCUAGAACCAUCCGGUUUAGUAGACGAGAUCUACUAUUCAGCAAGAUCUCAAGAAGACCUCAACAUUGACGAAAAUCCUUACAGAAAAGGUGGUCUCAAACACGGGAGAAAUCCCUAUUCGGACAUCACUUCAGACCAGACAUCAACUAACUGGAACCAGGCCAACUCAGUAGCAGGUCCUUCAAGAUCAUACAACUAUAAUAGAAACCAACAGAGAUCCCAAGGCCCCUACGGAAACUACAAAGGAAAGAGUUACAACCCAAGUUACAAAAGACCUGAAGGGAAUAGAGCAGAAAACUUCAAAGGAAAAGGAAAGGAGAAAAUGUAG